AUUUUGUGCAUGAACUACACAUUUUCUGUAUAAAUAGUCCAAACUUAUUUUGCUGGAAAGCAGCCUUUUGAUUCCGCACUGACACCAGGGGCCACCAGGGGCCCUUCUGACUGCAAAAAGCAGUCUGUGCCUUUUAGCUGACGGGGGGACUGUGUAACUUGAGUCGGGAUGAAAACUGCGCGCUGGAUCCGGCUGCCAGUCCAGAUGCUGCUCGCCAACCAGAGAGGAGUUGCACGAUGGAUCCCGUCCCACUGCUGCUCAUCUUAGUCACAUCUUGGCCACUUUGCUCGGGAGCCUAUACCGGGCCCCUGCAGGCGGAGAUCUCCAACGGGACUUUCCAUCACUUCUUUGUCCCGGAUGGAGAUUACGAUGAGACGGAGGACCCCGAGAAGUGCCAAAUGCUGUUUAAGUUCUCGGACGUGUACCCGUGUGUGGCCUCGGAGGAGAGCGACACCGUGGUGCGGGAGGACUUUGUCAUCACCAAGCUGCAGGCGGAGGACUCGGCGCGGCUCCUGGAGAGCAUCGGCCGGACCGUGGCGCACGACCUGGACGGAGAGGACAGCUACGGCAAGUUCCUCCAGCGAGAGAUCUCCCAGAUCGGCGAGGCCUUUUCGAGCGUGGACAAGUCUCUCCUGGAGCUGGAGGUGAAGUUUAAACAAAGCCAAGAAACUGAGCUGAGAGAGGAGCAGCAGCUGAACGGCCAUGUGGUGAAACAAGUGAGUGACAUCAGGGGCGCUCUGAGGGAGACCACCGACAUCUCCCUGGGACUCAGAGAUAAACACGAGCUGCUGUCUCUCAUCAUUCGUAGUCAUGGCACCAGGCUGAGCCGCCUGAAGAUCGAGUAUCUUAAUGUUGGCUCUUAGUGUUGUUAUGGCAGCUUAAUGUGUGCAUGAAUGUGUGUAUGUGUGUGAGAGAGAGACGGAGAGACAGCGAAGGGGAGAGGGCCCUCCCGUUCGGAUAAAGUGGUUAUUACCAUUCCUUGGAGCCGUGUCAUUGAACAGAAAUAUCAACACAUUCCUCUGAGUGGGGAGGAAGAAAAGCAAUGUGAGCAUAAAUUAUGUCUACAAGGAACCCCCCGUGCCACCUCACAGAAAGAGAGUAUGAAAA